AUGGUGACAGGCAUAGGCUUGCUCUUGCUCACUCAUGUGACAGAUGCAACGGAAAUUGGUUAUGGUGCAAUGAGUCGUAAUCAGCCUUCUUCACGCAACAAACAACCACAACCAGCUAAUUCGUACACCAGAGGCUUUUUUAAGUAUAAGAAUGGAUUAGACUCUGUUCUAGUUGUCAAGAAAGAUGAUUAUGACAAGUGCAACACAGAGAAGCCGAUCAUGAAGAUGGACGAUGGUGAUUCAGUCUUCAAGUUUGAUCGGUCGGGUCCAUUCUUCUUCAUCAGUGGAAACAAAGAUAAUUACCAAAAGGGAUUAGCUCAUCGUUGUUGUUUUGGCAGUCAGAAACCAUCACAAGUUUCCCCCGGUGGCUAUACCUCCGACGCCAGUGGGCCAGACUCCAGCAUCGUUACCAUCACCAACAAAGUCCACCCCUUCGUCGGCCCUAACCACAACACCCGUACUGUCACCAUCUCCAAUUUCUCACACUCCACCGGCAACGUCACCCAUCUCACCAUCUUUGGUGACUAUGCCUCCGGUAAGUUCUCCGGUUCCAGCUAUGACACCCAAAUCGCCUUUUCCGGCGACCCACUGCCCAGUUCGGUCUCCAACCUCAGUUGUCUCACCGGCACCGCCUAUUACACCAAUAACCCCUUCUCCGGUGUAUUCUUUGACAACCUCGCUUGCUGCUAG